AUGCAAGAGGUAUAGGGAACGGGGAUAAACAACAUGCUAGUCCGCAGAGACUCAGAUACUCCGUACCAGGAUGUAAGGGUGAGUCCCAGGGCUUCUUCGGUGACGUUGCCCACGGCUUUAUCUGCGUCACACACGUCAACAAUAUCGUCGUCGCCACCAGCAACUACGAUGGCAACAGCAACGGUAACUAAUGGUGUCAACACAUCACGAGUGAGGCCCACUGAAAUUUCUUCUGAGAAUCCAGCUAUGAAUGGGGAGCCCCCCAAGGAACCAUCUCGGAUUUCGUUAUCAUUAUCCAAGCUUCUUCCGCUUAUAGGCAAAGAUGGCAUUGGUAGUAGUACCAACAACAGCGCCGCUAGUGGAAAUGCGAGGAACAUCGACCAGACAAUAGGAGAAGGUGCCCACCAGCCACAUGGGGAAGAAGCUGUAGAAAACGAUCACUUGGAUGUUGCUGAGGAUACACCAACUGGAACCAAUAUCCAUAAUGGCGUUGCUACAAGAGAUGAAGAAGCUAUAUGGCAGGAGGACAACGGAGUGAAAGCAUGUCCGUUGUGCGAUGCGAAAUUUACUUUCUUCAACAGGCGACAUCAUUGCAGGAAAUGUGGUAAAAUUUUUUGCAACAAAUGCUGUGGGAAAUUCUGUACGUUCAUACCAGGCAGUUCAGUAGUUGAGCCCGAGGAGGAGGGUGGCAGGAGCAUAGUAAGGAACGGAUACCAAUACUACAAGUUCAGGACGUGCGAAAAGUGCUACGGCGAGAUCAAGAUGUUGAAAGAGGCUCUAGGCAUUGCUGACGACAGCGAAGAGGACAGCAGGGAGGAAGACACAGAGGAGGAGGAGGAGGAGGAGGAGGAGGAGGAUGAAAGUGCUGAGGGUGGCGGAGACGACAACGAAAGCUUUGAAAGGCACCUUUCCAUAAUGGGGGAAGACAGAAGUGGGAACGCAUGCGGGCCGGAAUGGAGGAGAAGCCGAAGGAGGGCCGGGGCUCGGACGAGAUCUCGGACGGGAAGGGAGACCAGCAUCGAAGGGCCUGUAAGGAGUCAGGGUGAGGAGGGAGAUGACGCGGACGCGGAGAGUCUGACGUGCCUCAUCAAGCACUCGCAGCCGCGGGAGAUCACCAUGGAAGUCAGCGAGUCGAGGGUCCGGGAGGCGCACGGAACGACGGGCGGGGCUGGGGCCGGGGAAGGCCCUCGCCGGGGAAACGGGAAUACCAGUAUAGAUCACAACAACAACAGCAACAACAACAACAACAGCGAAUUGAACGAGUGUCCGGUGUGCGGCAUAGACAUUGGCGGAGUGAGCGAGACCGAGCGGGAGACACACAUCAACCGCUGUCUCACCGACCAGGAGUUUGGGUCGCCGACGCACCCGGGCGACGUGGCGAAGCGGGACAAGAACCGCAUGUUGGUGUACUCGAUUCCAGCGGACGCGGACAUGGCGCACAUGGUGCUCAACGACGACAACGAGUGCGUCAUCUGUCUCGAGGAGUUCUGCCCCGGCGAUAAGCUGAGCCGUCUCGAAUGUCUCUGCUGUUUCCACUACAAGUGCAUCAAGGACUGGAUCCGCAAGAAGGGUUACUGCGAGUGUCCUAUCCAUGCACUCCAUGCGCAGUAGGAAGAGCAAGUCGCGUCGGCCGAUAAGCCGGACAAGGCCUAGCCCUGCCUCGCCUUGCCUGGCCACAAGUAGCCCUGCGAUCGCGGUGACGAGGGUGUGUAGCCUAGUUAGAAAUAGUAGCGCAUAUAUUCUCGCUGUGGAGCCACACGAAACACGCUAAACUUUGCCUAGCGGUGCUAAAGCUGCUAAAAUGCGCAACAGCCAGCUAGUCCCGCAGAAACAUGCAUUUAAAG